GCCCAUUUUAGUCUCUCCCUGUCAGCUGAGUGGAAUGUGCGACGCACACUGUGCAGCCCCCCCUCCGAUCAAGGGUCCAGUCUGCAGUCACCAGCAGCGUUUCAGCUCCUUCACACAAGUCAUCCCUGCUGCUCAGAACGUCUUCAAGGUGACCCUGCUGCAGGAUGUCCUCUACCCCAGAGCUGCCCCACUUCCUCUUCACCACGCUGCCCUCCUUCCCCUCGGCCACUCCAGGAGUCCCGGCAACAGAGCCCAAUGCCACGUCAUGCCAGGAGUGGGAGCAGGCCCACCACCUCCUCUUCCAUCUGGGGAACCUGUCCCUGCUGCUGGGCCUGGUCAUCCCCACCACGAUGGGCCUGCACAUGAUCCUGCUGCGCCUCCUCCUGAUGACAGGAUGUGGUCUCCUCAUCGCGUGGGCAACUCUGUACAGGUGCAACCUGGACGUGAUGGUUUGGAAUGUGGUAUUUCUGGUGGUCAACUUCAUGCACUUGUUCUUCCUCGUGUACAAGCGCAGGCCGAUUAAGAUCGACAGGGAGCUCCGGCCUGUCUACAAGCGGAUGUUUGAGCCCCUCCACGUGAAGGAGGCUCUGUUUCAGAGGCUCACAGGACAGUUCUGCACCAUCCAGACGGUGAAGAAAGGCCAGGCCUACGCUGCCGAGGACAAGACCUCUGUGGACGAACGCCUCAGCAUUCUCAUCAAAGGAAAGAUGAAGGUAUCAUACCGAGGCCAUUUCCUCCACAACAUCCACACCAAUUCAUUCAUCGACUCUCCAGAGUUCAGGUCCACUGAGAUGCACAGAGGAGAGAAGUUCCAGGUGACCAUCAUGGCAGAGGAUAACUGUAAGUACCUAUGUUGGUCUCGAGAGAGGCUCACCUACUUCCUGGAGUCCGAUACUUUCCUCAAUGAGGUGUUCAGGUACCUCAUUGGCAAAGACAUCACCAACAAACUGUACUCUCUGAAUGACCCCACACUCAGUGACAAGGCGGUGAAGAAGAUAGACCGUCAACCCAGCCUGUGCUCUCAGCUGUCUAUGAUGCAGAUGAGGAACAGCAUGGCGAGCACUAGUGACACUGAUGACGUCCUCAAUCAGAUCCUGCGAGGGGGGUCUGCUGGAUCAUCACUCCAAAAAUCACCUGGCACCAAGACUUCUGCAAAAAUGAAGCCCAUAGCAGAAGGCAUGGAGGACGAUGUUUUCGAAGAAUCUUCUCCCUCUGAGUCUCAAUACAUGCCCAGCACUUCAACUAACGAAGUAUAGCCAGCAGGAAAGAACAGACAAGAUCGAAUGCAGAACAGCAAGAGCCUGAGCGGUACAUCAGCAUCGUCAGCCAUGACUAUGAUAUAUGUUUUUCUGCAUCUAUGAUAGCUGAUGAUUAAGAACAAAUAGAUAGAUAUGUUUGUGCUCAUAGAAACAGUGUCUUCAUUCCAUUGGCCACAAAGCAAUGUCAUCGUCAUGGAGUGGUGUUUGUGUUCACCAGAUUAAUGUAAGUCCAGUCUCUCUCUCUCUUUAAGCUUUAAAUGCCCCACUGUGUCCACCAGCUAGUCUCUAACUACGUCUGUCUCUAGGUGUAAAGUGAUCUUUUACAGCUUUUUCACUGGAACCAGUUGCCAGCGGGGGGACUAAAAGAGUAAAGUUUGGGAGCUGGACCACCAAAACAAUGAGCUGAAAUAAGCUAGAAAACUGAGGAGAUUAAUCACCAUGAGACCGCUUACUUUACAUUUAAUUAUUAGAUGAUCUGUCAUUAAAAUAUUCACUGGACACAACUUUGCAUUCUCAAACAUCAGUAUCAGAGUCUAAAAAUCCUGUAUCCAUCCUGGACAGAUAACUCUCCCUCACAACAAAAUGAUAUCAAUUCUUUCAGUUGUGUCUGAAAAACAGAUCAGACUCUUUUCUUUGUGUUUUUUUAUUACAUUUUUGAUCAUAUAUAGACACAAGCAUUUUCUUGUUUUAGCCACAAGCUUCUAAUUGUCACAACUUUUACACAGAAUCUAUUGGUGAGGAUUUUCUUUGCCAAAGUUAUUUUAUUUAACCAUGUAUCAUUUUUCAAAUCUGUGUGCACUGUGUGUUACUUUAGUAAAUGUUUGGAGUGAAGUGUUUCGUCCUGUUUGUUUGUUGAUGCCUUAGAUUCAUACAUCAGAUAUUAGAUAGAGUUCAGUUCUGUACCCCAUUAAAUACAUGUGAUCAGUCAUCUCA